UUGACAAAAUGGCAACGCUGCGUAAACUUUUCCGACCUUCUAAACUGCUGCAGGCGGGGAGGCAGUCGCCAUGUCACUCCUCCUACUGUAGUGCAUCGGAUUCAUGGCCAGCUGUACCUGUAAAGGAAGUUCAGCGAUUUAUAGAAGACUGCAUGGCAACUGUUGGAACACGCGCGGACCAUGCCACCUCUCUGGCGAACAACUUGGUAACAGCUGAUCAUAGAGGACAUUACAGUCAUGGCCUCAACAGACUAGAUAUGUACAUUCAUGACAUCGAAUCAGGAAUAACAGUCAGCGACGCUGAUCCUAGCAUUAUCCAGGAGUCGGCCGCCACAGCGCGCGUAGAUGUAAACAACGUUCUUGGUCCAGUGGUGGGCAACUUCAGCAUGGAUCUAGCCAUCCAGAAAGCCAUGUCCGCAGGGGUAGGCUUGGUGGCCGCUAAAGGGUCCAACCAUUUUGGUAUUGCAGGCUGGUAUUCCAUGCUGGCAGCGCAACAGGGCCUCCUUGGUAUGACCUUCACCAACACGUCUCCCUUGUCUGUACCAACGAGAGCUAGAAAGGCCACACUAGGGACAAACCCUCUGUCUCUGGCAGCUCCUGCUCACGAUGGUGAUGACUUCGUCCUUGACAUGGCCACCACCACAGUAGCCCUGGGCAAGAUUGAACUCCACGACCGUAAAGGCAUUAAGAUUCCUAACAGCUGGGGUGUGGACAAGCAUGGUCUGGAGUCCAAUGACCCGAAGACUGUGAUAGAGGGUGGGGGCCUGAUGAUGGUCGGUGGAUCAGAACUCACAGGUGGGUACAAGGGUUACGGUCUGUCCAUGCUGGUUGAGGUAUUCUGUGGGAUCCUAGCAGGGAGCACGUUCGGACCCAGCAUAAGAAAAUGGCGAAACACUGAUACUGUGGCAAACCUGGGACAGUGCUUCAUUGCCAUCGACCCUGAUUGUUUUGCACCUGGUUUCCAUGACAGAAUGUCAGCUUUGGUGAACACGUAUCGGACACUAGAGCCGGCCGAGGGAGAGACUGAGGUUCUGGUUGCUGGGGACCCUGAGAGGAAACACAUCGAGCUGUGUACCCGCAGGGGAGGAAUACCGUACCAUCCGAAUCAGAUACAGUUCGGGAUUGAUCUGUCCAACAAACUAGGUGUGAAACAAAUGCAGACAGUGUAGUCACUCGAAGCAUACUCUGAUGUGAACUCCAGCAUGAACAUCGGAGUAUGGCCAUGUUUCUGGGUAUUGUGGGGAUAAGCCAGAGCAGAUUAAUGUACAGUGAAUGAAGUGAAGGUCAUCGUAAUGCUCAACUGAACUCACCUGAUAUGUGCUCACCUACAUAAACAACUUUCAGUUUUAUUUGUUCAUGAGGGAAAUGUUUUGUAUGGUAUAGAAACCGACAGUACCAAGUUUUUAGGUUUGUUUUUUUGCCAGUGUACUUUUUAAAUGUCCAGUUUCCACCAUUGCCAAACUAGCCUGGAAUUUCCCACUUAUGUUUUGACUGGAGUAACAAGUUUUUUUGUAUAGUCCAGUUAUAAUCACUUAAUGAAAUUGACAUCUGGUUCACAAUCUGCCUUGAAGAUUUCUGUAGAAAGCAUGCUUUGUAAAUCUUGCAAAUUUCAGGCAGAAAUUUUCCAAAGCAUGUUUUUAAUCAAGGUACACAAGUAAGUUGAUGCACUUCACAAGGUAAGACCUGUGUUGUUACAUAACAGAUGUUGAUAAUUGAUGAGAUUAUGUUAACGGGGUGCCACCAUUUGCUUUAACCAUGGGACAUAACUGUGAUAUAAAGUGAAUUCUGAUUGGUCAAUAGGAGGGAUAUAAGUGACAUAAAUCAUAUUAGUCACAGGUGGCACUAUGAGCUACAAAAUUCCAGCCUAGUUUCAGCCAACUGUUGGAAUUUUUACAGUAAAUGUACUCACUUACUCAGGAAGAUGCUAAAUGUUUUGUUGUAUCUUCACAAAAAGAAUGUAUAUACCACUGCCGUCCUGAUGUUUACAUCUUUGUUCCGGCCAUUGUGAGUCACUACUGAACGAUAUGAAUGUUUUUAUGACCAUUUCUUUGGUGCAAGAAAGUAACAUUGUUGACAAAUCACUGCAAGAGCAGGAAUGUGUGAAAUAUGUUUAUGAUUGUUUUUGAAACUUGAUAGACAGGGUGAGCUGGCUCAGAUCUUAGCUUACAUAAUAAACAGCUUUAUUUCUUUAUUUUGAGUUCAA